AUGGGGGCUAUUCUUCGGGCGGUAAAGAAGAACAAGGUGGGAGCUGUGGUAUUGUCAGUGUUUGACUGGUACCCGUCUCACUACCCUGCCGCGGAGCGGAAGCUGCUGAGAAAGUUGGACUUGGCUAUUCUCGUCUUCGGAAGCUUAAGUUUUUUCUGUAGAUUUCUUGGACAGCAAAAUGUUACGAAUGCUUAUGUCUCGGGCAUGCGAGAAGACCUCAAUGCGUGGGGCAAUGAGCUGAAUUACUAUGUCGUGGCAUCGAAGAUUGCUCCAUUCUUGCUGCCUUCUCUGCAGAUCAUUUGGGCCGUUAUCGCAUUCUGUCAGUCCGAAAUCAAGCACAGCUGGCACUUGUACAUCCUGCGCGCCGUUACAGGCUUCCUGGAGGCAUCUUCGUUUGGAGGCACUCACCUUAUCCUGGGUAGCUGGUUCAAGAAUGAAGAACUUUUCAAGAGAGCGGGUGUGUGGUUCAUGGGUAACUCACUGGGUUCCAUGUUCUCUGGUUACCUCCAGGCAGCAGCCUACCGAAACCUGAAUGGAGUCUACGGAAGAGCUGGCUGGCGAUGGUUGUUCAUCGUUCAAGGCAUCAUCACUCUUCCCAUCUCGUUCCUAGGCUUCGCCUUCUGGCCUGGUUUACCAAUCUCCCCUAAGCGAUGGUUCUUCACCGAUGAAGAGUACGCCCUUGCAAUCAAGAGGAUGCCAACUGUGGAGACGGAGGGUAUCACCUGGAAGACCUUCAAGUACACGCUCUCGCGACCAAUGUGGUGGAUCUGCGUACCUUGCUACAUUUUCCUAUGCCAAGCACACUACUGGACUGGCUACAUGGCCCUGUGGCUUCGAGAUGCGAAGUACUCCAUUGAGUUGGUCAACAUCCUGCCAACUUUCAUUGACCUACUCCGCGCUUUGUCGUCUUGGCUGGGUACUACAUUGGCAGGUUGCUUGAGCCUCAGAGGGCUUUGGACUUUCCAAGCAAGCUUCGUGCUGUUUUCAUGCAUAGUGCUAUCAGUCUGGAACGUCCCAGACAUUUUGAAGUUCUGCGCAUUCUACUUUGGCGGCUUUUCAGGCAUGGCCUCUCCGAUCCUGUACUCAUGGCUUAACUUCACCCUGAAAGAGAACUACGGCGAGCGUGGUUUGAUCAUCUCAUCCAUGAUGACCCUGGGCUUUUGCAACCAAAUCUGGAUUCCCCUCUUCACCUUUCCUACCGUCGAGGCGCCUCGAUAUCCGCACGGCUACCCUGCAGCGACAGUAUUCGAGGUGGCAAUGUGGGCCUUCCUGAUGUUUGGCACGUGGUAUAUUAAGAGGUGGAAGCUGAAACAUCCUGAUCUUGAGAUGAGGCUGGCAAAUGAGGAGGCUAGCCAGGAUGCGGCAGGUGUGACAUCAGACUCUGAUCGUCCUGAAGCAGAGACAGCGCCUGUGUAUGACACGAAAGGGUCGGAGGUGGUAGCGAACCAGCCAAUUUCAGUGCAGAAGCAGUAA